CCCCGGGCAGGACGGAAGGAGGAGGAAGGGGUCCGGCCGAUUGGGAUCCCUCCGCGGACGCCCCCCGCCUUUUCCCACCUGAAGUUAUGGAGGAGAGAGCGGCCAAGACGAACGCCGGGGUGGACAGUUCAGCCUCGCUGUCCGUGGCUCAGCUGGCCGGAAGGUUCAGGGAGCAAGCGGCAGCUGCUUCCAUCAAGGAGCCAUCGGCCAGUAAACCAACAAGAAGAAAACCACCUUGCUCCCUCCCGCUGUUUCCUCCCAAAGUGGAGAUUGGCCAAAAUGGAGAGGAGAAACCGUCAGCCAACGCCUGCCACCCCCCAAAAAUCAAGGUGAAAAGCUCCCCUAUGAUUGAAAAGUUGCAGGCCAAUCUAGCCUUUGCUCCCACAGCUCUCCUGCCAGGAGCGUCCCCCAAGAGCCCUGGGCUAAAGGCCAUCGUGUCCCCGUUUAGCAGCCCCCCGUCGACUCCCAGUAGCCCCGGCGGGCGGUCUCGAGCCAGCGAGUCGGAAGAAGUGCCCGUCAGCUUUGACCAACCCCCGGAAGGCAGCCACCUCCCAUCUUACAACAAGGUGCGGACGCGGGGGUCUAUCAAGCGGCGGCCCCCCUCCCGGAGGUUCCGGAAGUCCCAAUCCGACCUGGGGGACCUUGGCGAUCUGGAGCUGGCCAAGCCCUCGCAGGAGAAUGGAGCCAAGGAGGAAAGUGAUGAGGUGUUUGCCGCCAAGGAUAAAGCCCAAGGGUCACCCCCGCCCGGAGACGACGGGGUGACGGGAGGAGAGCCGACGGGGACGGAGGGGUCGGGCAGAGAGCCGCUCUCGAGGAGACGGUCCGGCAGGGCAGAGGACCAGGAGGAGAAGGCCUCGGCCCUGCCGGGAUCACUGCCCGCUGGCCAGGAUAACAAGGGAGAGGAGGAGGAACGGCAGAGGAAGUCACAGCACGGCCCCACCACGGAGGAAGGAGACAGUUCUCACCAGGCCUCCACGCUGGAGCGGGAGAAGCCGUCGAGCUCUAGAGGAGACAGGGAGGCGGAGGAGGCCCGGAGCCCUUCCGGAGAGGGAGAGCAGAGCCCCGGGCCCGAAGGCCUAGGGGACAAGGAUGGGGUGCCAGAGCGGAGACCCCUGGCCGGAGAAGAAGAGGGAAAGAGUCAGGGAAGCCACUCAGGGGCUAAGGAGGUGGACGAGGAGAAAGAGCCGGAAGGAGAGAAAGAGGCGGAGACGAAGCAUGAGGUCCCGGAGGGACCCGGCAACCAAGGAGCCAAGCUGAGGCAAAACGCUCAGUCCGGAUCUGGCCCUUCCAACCCUGCCACAAGUUCGAAUUGUGCCGAGGGGCCGGAGGAGGAGAAAUCAGAUCCGAGCCACUGCAGUACAGAGGGUGUUUCCACAAUGAAGAAGGCUCAAAUGUGAAGAAGACCUCUUUUGUGUACUUGAAGCUGCUGGAGAUAUCUCCAGAGGCAGGAGGAACAGCAGCAGACGCAGAAUCUUAGUCUUGCCAAAGGUCUAGCAAGAAGCCCUGAUUCCCCCAGGGCUCAUUAUCCUUUCACUGCCUCCCAGCUGUAAUGUUUUGGAGCUGACCAACCAGGAAAGACUGGGAAAAAAAAGUUUUUUGACUCAGCGGGGCCGGAGGCAGGAGCAGGUGGACGAAGCAACAGGAAGGUCCCAGCUGGACCCCUUAAAUAAGAGACAGGACCUUUUUUAUGAUAUUUGUUAAGUGCUUACUAUGCAUCAGGCACUGUACUAAGCGCUGGGGUAGAUUCAAGAU